CUUCGACCUCCGAUUCCGAUACUCUCCGGCAGACUCAUGUACUACGCCGUUGAUUACUACGCGGAUAUGGGACAAAUCUCUCAAGAUUGUUUCGCUGCAUCAAAGACGGGAACAUCUGACUUUGAAAUGGACGAUCUCGACGACUUGGAUCAGGUCACCCAGGUGAUCGGCUACCAUCCCCAGUUCCACGAUCACUUUCUGCGGACCCAGAACUUUAUAAUGAAGGGCGAUGGACCGCUGCCCAAUGAUUACAGAUACUAUUUGGCCAUAAUUGCUGCUGCUCGACAUCAGUGCCCCUACUUGGUUAAACGUUACGAGAAGGAGUUCAUCAACCAGGGCGGCGAUAGCGCCUGGCUGGGUGGCCUCGACUUCAUACCCGCCAAACUACGUGCCAUAUACGAUAUCAAUAAAAUAUUAGCCCAUCGUCCCUGGCUGUUGCGCAAGGAGCACAUCGAGCGUCUGACCAAAGGAAAGAAUAGCUGGUCCCUGUCGGAGGUGGUGCACGCCAUGGUCCUGCUCUCGCAUUUCCACUCCCUGUCAUCGUUCGUUUUUUCCUGUGGUCUCACCCAAAAGCUAGACGGCCUGUCUAGUCCAAAAUUGAAGACUCCCCCGGUGACGGUGAUGGCCCAGUCCAGUGAGCCGGGCGUCGGUCUCUGCCAGACCACCAACACUCCAAUCGACCCGCAAAAAACCGUACUGACGGAGAUAUCGCUCAACAAUGCAAAGCCGGAUUACAAUAGCCAAGCCGCAGCAGGUCCCAAUGGCGGUGGUCUGAGUGCUGGUAAUGCAAUGGGAGAUGCUGGUCCUGGUGCAAUGGCCCUCAAUGGAUAUUUGGCCACAGCCCAGCAACUGCCACAGCAGCACGGAAUCAGCGUGGAGGCGCUAAUGGAGCGCAUGAAGGUGCUGUCCCAGAAGCAGGACGAGUGCAGUGAGGCGGAGCUGAGUAGCCGCUUCCAGAAGGUGGAGCAGCAGACAGCCGAGCUGGCAGCUGUAACACCGGAGGCGGCGGUUACCUUGCCGCCGAAUUUAUCCCACUAUGUGGAUGAUGCCAAGUUCAUUUACCAGGAUUUUGCUCGACGCGGCACCGAGAACAUCAACACGUUUCGCAUCCAGGACUAUUCCUGGGAGGAUCACGGCUUCUCGCUGGUGGAUGGACUGUACAACGAUGUGGGCACCUUUUUGGAUGAAAAGUUUCGGGCCGCCUACAAUCUCACCUACUGCACCAUGGGCGGCAUCAAGAAUGUGGAUACAUCCAAGUUCCGUCGGGCCAUUUGGAAUUACAUUCAGUGUAUCUACGGGAUACGGCAUGAUGAUUACGACUAUGGUGAAGUGAAUCAGCUCUUGGUGCGUCCUUUGAAAAUGUUUAUAAAGACAGCCUGCUGCUUUCCCGAGCGUAUUACCACCAAGGAUUAUGAUAGUGUGCUUGUCGAGCUGCAGGAUAGUGAAAAGGUUCAUGUGAAUCUAAUGAUAAUGGAAGCCCGUAAUCAGGCCGAGUUACUCUAUGCUCUGCGCGAGAUAAUGCGUUAUAUGACUUGAUCUCAUUAAGUGAAUAAACAUACGUAUAUAUAUACAUAUAUUACACCCAAACCCAAACCCAAGCCCAAAAAAGCACCCACAAAACCCACUCACACCCCAUACAUUACACACAUGCAUAAAACAUUUUGUUAUUUUGAGAGCGCAUAUAAAAGUAAGCGAAAGGAAAGGAUAUGGAAGGACAAUGCCGUAAAAUCCAAGAUGAAUACAGUUUGUGCAAUAAACGAGAUACGUUUCAGACGUCGAUAAAUAAAUAAUUUAAGCUAACGCACUACACAUCAAUUAAUAGAGCCGUUCAAUAUCAGUGUCCAUUAAAUUAAUGUCGAAUUAAUAUUUACAACUCAAUUAACAAUAGUCUGUGUCUAUGGUUAGCCAAACAAGCGUACAUCCUUGAUGGAGAAAAUAUUUAAAUGUUAUUUAAGAAAAAAAAUUAAGCUGAGCUGAGAAAAACAAAUCUGAUCUGUCUGUUUCCUUUCGUGAGUGUGCAAGCAAUAAUCACUGUACAUAUGUAUUAUGUUUUGUUUAAUUAUUUUAGCGAAAUAAAUACAAUUUUUAUUUUAAAUAUUAAA